GGAUCAAUCUAAUCCAGAAGCUGGUCCUCGUGUUGAUCCAAUGAAGAAAAAUAUUUUUUUUUAGCUUUUUUCACAAAUAGAAGAAAAUGGUGGAUGUGUCACUUUCUACAAACAUUGUUGACAUCUGUAAAACCACAUAGCUUGAGGUUUAUGACCAUUUCCAUUCAGCCACCUUUCUAUUAAUAUAAUCAUCAUUACAAGCCGGCUUUUAUGAUAAUCACUUAUUCUUCAAAGUCAAAUUAGUUUAGUUAUAUACUCACUAACAUUUUGUUUUCACAUUUCAAUUUCACUUUUUCACACCUUUCUUUGUCUUAUUCUUAAAAGGUUUGUUAUGUUUUCUUUGUCAUAAAUUGACUUAGAAUGUGAUUAUGUAUCUUAGAUUACAGAAUAUUAUAGUGUUAUAGAAAAAUCAUUAUGAGGUGUAGUAGCUGUUUUAGAACAUUUUCUGUAAAGAAGGAAAAAGAACAUCCUUCUAAUUAUAUUUCCAGUGAAAUUGAAGGCUAUUCUUUGGAUAAUCUUAAGCAUUUUUCUGAUAAAGAACUGAGAUUGGCAACUGAUAAUUAUCAUUUAAGCAAUAAGAUUGGAAGAGGAGGAUUUGGUACUGUUUACAAGGGGACAUUAAAAAAUGGAAGAAAGAUAGCAGUGAAGCCUCUUUCUGUUGGAUCAAAGCAGGGAGUUCGCGAAUUUUUGACAGAAAUUACAACCUUAUCAAAUGUUAAACAUUCAAACCUUGUUGAAUUGGUUGGAUUUUGCAUUCAAGGGCCGAAUCGUACCGUAGUCUACGAGUAUGUCGAAAAUGGAAACCUUCAUACCGCAUUACUUAGCAAAAAGAGUUCGAGUAUCAAACUAGAGUGGAGAGAAAGAUCUGCUAUUUGCGUUGGUACCGCGAAAGGUCUUGCAUAUCUUCAUGAAGAACUUGCACAACAUAUUGUACAUAGAGACAUCAAAGCUAGUAAUGUACUACUUGACAAAGAUUUUAAUCCCAAAAUUGGUGAUUUUGGUAUGGCCAAAUUGUUUCCAGAUGAUAUCACUCAUAUCAGCACAAGAAUCGCCGGAACAACUGGUUACUUAGCACCAGAAUAUGCACUAGGUGGACAGUUAACCAAGAAAGCUGAUGUAUACAGCUUUGGAGUUCUUAUACUUGAAAUAAUUAGUGGCAAAAGCAGCUCAAGAACAAAUUGGGAAGGAUCACAUAAAUUCCUCUUAGAAUGGGCAUGGCAACUACAUGAAGAUGAGAAAUGGUUGGAGCUAGUAGAUCAAGAGAUGGAAGAAUAUCCUGAGAAAGAGGUAAUCAAGUACAUUAAGGUUGCUCUAUUCUGCACACAAGCAGCAGCAAAAAGAAGGCCAUUGAUGACACAGGUUGUUGAUAUGCUCUCUAAGGAAAUUCAGCUGAAUGAGAAACAACUCACAGCACCAGGAUUGUUCAAUUAUGAUGUUGGAGAAUCCUCUCAAAAGAAAUCAAACCCUGAAUCUUUAGUUUAUCACACUAGUUCUACUCAGGCUAGUAUUACUCAAGUCACUCCAAGGUGAUGAUGAUGACGACUAUAACUUUGUGUAAUUGCAUAGUUGUAAAAUGAGAAGAAAAGAAAAUUAAUUUUUUUUCCAUAGAAAUUAAGAGAUUAUACUAAGAUCUUUGAUUUGAGUCCUAAUGAUUCUUAAUAAAUUUCACAUGUUAUUA